GAAGGCUUCGAAUAUCGUGAUGCUUUUAUUGCUCACGUUGAUGCCGUGCAUGGUGGUUUCCAACGCUAUCGAAAUGCUUGUUGGUUCCUGGAAUCUCUAUGCCCUCAUGUGGUUACUGCUCAGGAGGUGAGGCACUAUGUGAGCAACUAUGCCACCUUUUUGCGACUGGGAGCCAUGGAUUGGGAAAGGUCUCUGGUUGAAGCUGUGUCGCAACCAGAAGCUUGUUUGGAACAUGUUCUUCGACGUCGAUGUGCCUGUGUUUUCUGUGCUCGAUCAUUUUGGAUGGAAGAUUUGAAAGAUGUAUUUUUGCAAGGGGAUCAAUGUUUCAUGCAGAAUCCGGAUGCAGUUUGGGAACUCAUUGGCGAAUUGAAAGCGCCUGCAGUGAAUAUGGGCACCAAGAAUAAACCAAAGUUGGUGCUGUUGCACAAACGCCGUGUUUCGGAGGCAGCUGUUUGUGGUGAGGCUUUAGUCGGCAUUUGUUCCGACUGUGACGCUGCAUUCAGCGGAAAGAAGCCAAGUUUGUGCAGAUUCGCUUUGGCCAACGAUAUGUGGUUGGGCCGCAUUGAUCCAUUGCUGUUUGGCUUUGGCGCGAACUGUGGCCACCAAAGUGGUCUUGCGUUGCAAGAAGCACAAGACCAGCAAGAGGGGCAAGUUGCAGUUCGUAGGAUUGCUCAGUUUCAGCUUGACAAAGCAUUGUUUGUGGAUCAAGCCAACUGUUUGCGAGACACGAACCCAGUGUAUGCUGAGGGCGUGACUGAGAUCAACCGAGACCUGUUGACUGAGUGGGUGGAUCAACAAGUCCCGCAGCCCAUUUUGGAUUGUGUGUUGACAGUUCCAGUCGGAGAAGGAGGUCCUGGAGUGAUGCGUCAAGAAGGUCCGGCGAAUGCCACAAAACAACGCACGACACCGGAUGAAGAUCCCGUGCUUUUUGCGAUGGAGUCUGAAGUCUCUGAUUUCAAUAGCAAACGAUUGGACCUGUCCAAUCGCAUUGUGGUGCUUUUACAAAAACUGGAAGAGCUAGAAGCAGCGGGCGCACGAUCUGUCGCUCUUGAAAUGGAAGCCUUGGUUGAGGAUGAAGGAUCGCAGUGGGUGGAUCAGGCUGGUCGAAAGCGCAUUUUAGAACUUUGCAAUGAAAUUCAUGAGUCGUGUGAAAAGGUGUCCCACGCAGGCAUGAGGACCAAAUUGGAAGAAGAACUUCGUGAUAUUGUGGAGGGCCGGUCCAGGUGGCUUCUAAAAAGUGAGACCAACAGUAAUGGAGAGCCCAGCUUGGCUGAAGUCGACGUGACGACGGCAAGCGGUGUGGGAGCCGAAGUCGACGUGACGAUGGCGAGCAGGGAGCGAUCCGGCCAGGUAGAUCGCAGUGGACCUGGACAUUUGGUGGUGGCUCGAGGCAAGAAACCACUCAGUCUUUUGGAUUGGAAAAUUUGGACCAUGUCCCGGCCACGCUUGUGGCGAUAUGGUGAUGCUGCGAACUUGUAUCCUGAUCGAGAGGUACCUUUGGCCACCCGGGAGUGGGCUGCAUGUUUGCUUUUGCGGGAGGAAUUGGAAUACAGUUUGAGUGAUGAUGUUCACGAGAGUCCUGUGCAAAAUCGUUUUAGUGGCGAUUGGAUGGCCUUGCACAUGAUAGCCACAGUGUCCCGCUUGACGGACCAACAUGCGGCAACCUACAAUUUCUUGAAGAAUGGUGGCAUGGUGUUUGCUAAGACUCUACGAGGAUUGUCUGCUGAAAAGUUGGCGCAGGCAGCGAGAGUGAGCAAAGAUGCGGGUGCGUCGUUGCAGCAGUUGCACACCACCCCGGGCAUACCUCGAGAGGUCAAGGAUGCCCUGCAUGCCAUGAACGAACGGCGCAUCCAGCGCCGAUGUGCCUACAUGGAAACCUUCGGUCCGCCGAUGAUUUUCGUCACUCCAAACGUUGCCGACAUUCAGCACCCCUUGCUUUUGAUCGUGCAAGGAGAACAGAUUGACCUUGGAGCGGUCAGUGCUGACAUGGCAUCGACUUUGCCAAAAUACCAAGAUAUGCUUCGGCGUGUGGCCCAGGAUCCAGUCGGGCAAGUCGUGCAAUUUGAAAUGUUGAUGAGGUUAUUUUUACAGCACGUCUUGAAUGUGCGGCCAGAGACCCUGGAUUGCCGCCGCAACUCUGUCAGGGCUGCGUGCCGGGAGUGGUGCAGCGACGGUGUCUUGAGUCAACUGACGGAAAUCUUGCGCACCAAGCAGCACGAACUGCGACAACGCUUGAAAGAAUUCAUGCAAUUGGCGGUGACAAGUUUUGAAUCCAUUUCGCAUGCUUCUGUGCAAGCGGCUCCACGUUGUGUUGGAAGUGAUAUUUUGGAUGCACCUGUCAAGAUCACGGAGGUGGCGCGUGAUCUCUUCAGGGGUGAUGGUGGCUCGGAUAAGGAACUGCUGGAACAAUUCAAAGAGAAAACACCUGAACAAGAAGAGUAUCUGCUGUGA